GUUGUGGAGAAAGUUAUACGCAAUUGAUUGCAGGUUUGGGGUAAGAAGGGGUCUUGUUAAUUAGGGAAGUAUAUUCUCUCACUCUGUGCAAAACUACCGAAGGAGCCUGGUAUUUCCUUGAGACUAUACACUUCUUCCGCUCCUAGUCACAGAUGCUAUAAACCAACUAUCAUCAUACCAUGUAUCAAAGUAACAUCCUACGCCUUCGUGGCGUAGCCCCAAGGCUUCAAGCCCAUCCCACAAACACACCUCACCAUCACAUCCCACACCUCCUCCCCCUCUCCACUCAACGAGCAUACUCCCUCCCAGCCGAGAGUCCACCACCCCAAUUCACCCCCUCCAACCGCCUAUCCAACCGGACAUGCAUGAUCACCGGCGGAACAUCCGGGAUCGGGUUCUCCAUCGCCGAGCGCUUCCUCCAAGAAGGUGCCUCGCGGGUGAUCCUCGUCGGACGGUCCUACGAACGACUCUACAACGCCGCAUCUCGCCUUCAAAUCGACUCACCAGCCAUCAUCCCCUCCACGGAACCUCCCCAGCCCAUCACAAACCCAGAGAAGCACCAGCUCCUCGACUCCUCCUCCAGAAUCAGCCUCCUAAUCGGCGACAUCGCCGACGCAGGGUCCUGGACGCGCGAGCUCGAGAAAGCAAUGCAAGCAACAAACCCCGACAUCCUCGUCAACGCCGCGGGCCUCUCCAUCUCCUCCAUCCUCCCUAAAUCCGAACCAACAGAUAUCUCCCGUAUCCUGCGCACGAACCUCGAAGGAGCCCUUCUCACCUCUCGAGCCUUCAUCCGCGCCUCGAUCCGCAAUCGUAUGAAGAAAUCUACCACCACCACCAGUGAAAGUCCCGCAGCAUCAUCAUCAUCAUCAUCAUCAUCAUCAAAAUGUAUAAUCAACAUCUCCUCCCUGCUCGCCCACAAAUCCGGAACCGGCGCGGUCCCCUACGCAGCAUCAAAGGCCGGAGUCCUCGGUCUCACCAGAUCAGUCGCCGUUGAAGCGGCAGCUUCGCUGCGCGAUGUGGUGGUAAGAUCGAAUGCGAUUGUGCCGGGGUAUAUUGAGACGCCUAUGAUUUCGGAUUUCUCAGAUGGCGAAACAGCCCGGUUGAAGGAGAGUAUCCCCGUGCGACGAUUCGGGAGACCGGAGGAGGUUGCGGAUGCGGCGGUGUUUUUGGCACAGAAUGAAUAUGCGAAUAAUUGUGUGUUGAAUUUGGAUGGGGGGUUGAGUGCUAUCUAAGUGAAGUAUACUAUCUAUAUCUUGAUGGGGUUGGAAUGUAUGGUUAACUAAAAUGUAUUAUGUGUGUACAAUACGUGAGAUGUGGU